UCCAUAAAGCCAACUGUUUUGAAUCGUUUAGGGUUGCGUCAGUCUCAUUCUGAUUGAUUGUUUCAUUUAAGACGGAGUCUUAUGAGAAAAUGGGAUUUUAUUCCAAAAGGAGGAAAUAUUCGGUCUGUUAGUUUCUUUUGUUGUGACAUGUGUAUAUUUUGCAUUCGUCAACUAUACUUAGAGGACAAAAUACGUUUAUGUGAAAACAAAGUACACUAUACUGGAUUCUGAGCCAGCAUGCAUGUUGCAGCGGACCUGCACGUGUUUGUCUCGUGCUGUCUGAUCACGUGCACGGGAAUUUCGUACGCCCAAUCGGACCGACUCAAAGUACCUAUAGGUGCGAUCUUUACGAAAUCUGACCAGCUAGCGAUCACGGCGUUUCGGUACGCUGUUUCACGCUACAACACCAUCUCCACCAACCCGUUUGCCCUCACCACCUACGUCGACAGCGACACUGAUGUCACUGAUAGCUUUGAACUCGCCUCCAAGAUAUGUGAGCGGAUGGCGUACGGCGUGUUCCUGUUUUUCGGAGUGAAGGACACCGCAUCUCUGGACAUCGUACAGUCGUUCACGCGCACUUUCCACAUGCCCUUCCUAUCGCCAUCCACCGCCAUGUGGACAGACAAGUCUGCCGCCGGCUUCGAGAUCCACAUGAAGCCAGACUACUCCUUCGCUAUCAUCGACAUGAUCCUCUAUUUCGAAUGGAAGAAGAUCCACUACGUCUACGACUCGGACGAAGGUCUUCAGCACAUUCAGCUAGUGUUGUCCGCUCUACGCGAGGUGAGUGAGGCCGGAAGAGAGUUCCACGUGCAGGUGGUCGCCCGCCGGAUGUUCAACGUGGAGAAUGCGCACGACGAGUUGCGGCAGCUGGAUCGUAUGGAGACGGACCCGACUGCUCAGAAAGUGAUCGUCUUUGACCUGUCCUCCGAGCUCGCCUACAGACACAUCCUCAGGCAGAUUCCUGAAGUGGGGAUGAAUAAGGAUGGAUACCAUUACUUGAUAGCCACAUUGAACUUUGCCAACCUGGACAUGGGCCGGUACCUGCACGGGGGCGUGAACAUGACGGGCUUCCAGUUGAUCGACCUGUCCAGCAAGCACGUGGAGAGGUUCAUGCGCGAUUGGAGUGGUGCGCCGCUCGGUGCCACCUACCCAGAUACAGCCCCAAACAAACUCACGUACGAGGCGGCGCUGGCGGUGGACGCCAUCGAAGUUGUGACGCGCGCGCUGAAGGGGAUGGUGAAGAGCAACUCGAAGGUGUUCCAGUCCACGUUCCGGCGGGGAGCCGUCUACAACUACAACCGCACCAAGGGCAUCCCCUGCACCACCAGCCCUCCCAUACCCUGGAUGCACGGUGAUGCCAUCAUAGAACACAUCAAGCAGCAAGACUUUGAGGGCCUCACGGGUCGUAUCAGGUUCGACGAGGAUGGCUUCCGGUCCGACUACAAACUUGACGUCUACUCCGUGGGACUGGACUCUGGGCCACAAAAGAUGGGCCAAUGGACUCCACGGGAGCGAUUCAAGAGCUUGUAUCACACAGACGAAAUCAGCAUCAUCGAAAACAGGAAGAGAGAGAAAGUCGUUGUCUCAAUCAUUUCGCCGCCAUUCCUGAUGAUGAAGGAGCAAGAACAGAACGGAAAACCUCUUCUUGGCAACGACAGGUUCGAAGGUUACGUGGUUGAACUUGCGGAGCAGGUGAUGUACAAGAAGAACAAGUUCGAGUACGUGAUUAAGCUGGUGGAUGACAACAUGUACGGCAACUUUGACCCCACUAACAAGACAUGGACAGGCAUGAUCGGUGAACUCAUACAGAAGAAAGCAGAUGUUUGUAUAGCGCCGCUUACAAUUUUGUAUGAUCGAGAAAAAGUGGUAGAUUUUACAAAGCCGUUUAUGAAUUUCGGUAUCUCCAUCAUGAUCAAGAAACCGGAAAUUAUGAAGCCCGGUGUCUUCUCGUUCAUGGAACCCCUAGAGAUGAAGAUCUGGUUUUGUAUCGUGGUCGCAUACUGUGGCGUUAGCAUCCUUCUAUGGCUAGCAAGCCGCUUUUCGCCCUACGAGUGGCGGAACUCGAGCGCUGGGCCAUCCGCCAACAGGUUCUCUUUGCUGAACGCACUCUGGUUCUCGAUGGGCGCCCUCAUGCUCCAAGGCAGCGACGCCUGCCCGAGGUCUUUUUCUGGCCGUGUAAUUGGUACCGUCUGGUGGUUUUUCGUUUUGAUCAUCAUUUCGUCAUACACAGCUAAUUUGGCGGCUUUUCUUACAAUAGAGCGUAUGCAGACGCCAAUUGAAUCUGCAGACGACCUAGUAGCUCAAACGGAUAUUAAAUAUGGCACUUUAGCGACAGGUUCUUCCGUAGAAUUCUUUAAGAAUUCGAAGGUACCGACAUACCAGCGGAUGUACAACUACAUGUCGGCGAACCCCUCGGUGAUGGUGGACUUGGUCCAGGAGGGUAUCGAGCGCGUGAAGAAGUCCAAGGGCAAGUACGCCUACCUGCUCGAGUCACCUACCAACGAGUACACCAACAACAAAGACCCGUGCGACACCAUGAAGGUUGGACCAAACCUCAACUCUAAGGGCUUCGGCAUUGCAACAGCCAAAAACUCGCCACUCAGCGAGGCAAUGAACCUGGCGGUGCUGAUGCUGAUGGAGGAGGGCACACUUCCAAAGAUGAAGAUGAAGUGGUGGAAGGACAAGGGCGGCUGCGGGACUGACGGAAAGGAUUCCUCCGGAAAGCGGAAGCUAUCGCUGAGUAACGUGGCGGGGAUAUUCUACAUCCUGGUUGGCGGGCUGGUUCUCGCCGUCAUCUUGGCCAGCGUCGAGUUCUUCUGUCGGAAAACAAAAUUUCUUGAACCGACGAGUUAUCUGAAGGCGACGGAGACAAUCACGACGUUAUUGAGCGCGACGUCAGCGGAACGUGAGAAUGGUGACGUUUAUGUCGAUCACGGCUACACCCCCACAAACCACACCGACAAGCAAGAGGCCACGUUUAACUACUCGACAGCCCCACCGUGUAUAGGAUUUGAACAGUUUACCCAGGGACGGACAGAAUUGUGACGGCGAAUUUAGAUGCUAGUGUUUAUGUACAUACACAACGAACCGCAGCUCUGUAGGAUGUUUAUAUGAAAUAGCUGUAAAUAAGUUCAGCUGUGUCAUUUAGUAGCAGUGAACGACCACCUUCAUUGUUUCAAUGACAAUACUGAUUACUGCGGAAAUCUGCUAACGUAUGAGAGGAACAUGAGUCAGAAAAGUCGCGGUAAAGUGUCUUUGAGACGACGAAAAUUGAAAAUCACUGGAGACUCUAUUAUUGAUGGUUAAGAGCGGUUCGUGCGUUAGUGGUGAGUUGAGUGGCAAACUUUGUCAAUUAGAUAGUGCUGAGAACUCUGGGAAUAUCUCAGUAAUUUCAAAUUAGCCCGAGUCCCUUUAUAAGCGCUGCGCAUGCGAUAUGUUGAUACUAUUUUUCUCUAUGUAUACUGUGUAAAUACUUAAAACGUGUGUUAUCUUUCAAAAACAUAUUUAUUAGUUAUGAUUGCUAUUAAUAUUUGAUACUUUUAUUCAAUCGGAUUGUUUAACAUCCUAGUCUUUGAGGUUUUACUCAAAAC